GGAGACAACAAACAUGUUUGGCUUUGGGAAACUCUGCAGAUUAGCUCCAUCUUGAAUGCGAAAUGAGAGGAUCAUUGAUCAAAUGGAUAUUAUUUUCCCGCGUUCUAUUUCUGUUGUUGCGCAUUUUCGCGCUUUUCUCUCGGUGGAGGCGGUUGGACUGUAACGGGUUUUCUUCGCACUGGACACCUGUUGUACGCUAGUUAGACGAAAUCAGUCACGAGUCAGUGCAACAUCCAAAACCAGCAGUUGUCUCUCAUGAAGGCAUAGCAGCAAUGUCACAGCUCUACUUUCGCAGAACGGACAACUUCUCAUACAGGGACCGGAUCCCUCUGCGGAUAGUUCGAGCUGAGUCUGAGCUGUCACCGCUGGAAAAGGCCUACCUGUGUGCUGUGGAGAAAGGCGACUACGCCAGCGUCAAACAAGCACUGAUAGAAGCCGAAAUCUACUUCAAAAUCAACAUCAACUGCAUCGACCCUCUGGGACGGACGGCUCUGUUGAUUGCCAUUGAGAAUGAGAACCUGGAAAUCAUUGAGCUGCUGCUCAGCUUUAACGUGUAUGUGGGGGAUGCGCUUUUACACGCCAUACGAAAGGAAGUGGUGGGGGCUGUGGAGCUGCUUUUGAACCAUAAAAAGCCCAGCAGGGGCAUGCAGGUGCCUCCUAUCCUGUUGGAUAAACAGUUCUCCGAUUUUACUCCUGACAUAACACCCAUCAUCUUGGCCGCUCACACCAACAACUAUGAGAUCAUCAAGAUGUUGGUUCAGAAGGGUGUGUCCAUGCCCCAACCCCACCAGGUGCGCUGCAACUGCAUGGAAUGCGUGUCCAGCUCAGAUGUGGACAGCCUGCGACAUUCCAGAUCCCGUCUCAACAUCUACCGCGCCCUGGCCAGUCCCUCACUCAUCGCCCUCUCCAGCGAAGACCCCUUCCUGACGGCCUUUCAGCUCAGCUGGGAGCUCCAGGAGCUCAGCAAGGUGGAGAAUGAAUUCAAGUCCGAGUAUGAAGAGCUUUCCCAGCAAUGCAAGCUGUUCGCCAAAGAUCUGCUCGACCAAACACGUAGCUCAAGAGAGCUCGAGUUGAUUCUGAACUACAAGGACAAUAUGAAUCUCCUAGAGGAUGAAGGGAAUAAUGAUCUUGCCAGGCUGAAACUGGCUAUCAAGUAUCACCAGAAAGAGUGCUCUGACAACUAUGGGCAGCGGGAGGCAUGGGUGAUGUGGCACCCCGCCUUGGUGGGUGAGGCCUUGUUUGCCAUUGCUAACAUAUUUAGCUCCCUACGACUGAUUUCACUCUUCACAGCCAACUCUCACCUGGGCCCUCUUCAGAUCUCUCUCGGCAGAAUGCUGCUGGACAUCCUUAAAUUCCUCUUCAUUUACUGCCUGGUGCUACUCGCAUUUGCAAAUGGACUCAAUCAACUGUAUUUCUAUUAUGAAACUGAUGGCAGAAUUAUUAACAACGUCACAUGCAAGGGUAUCCGCUGCUCAGAGCAGAACAAUGCAUUCACCACCAUGUUUGAGACAUUACAGUCAUUGUUCUGGUCCAUAUUUGGUCUUGUUGCCCUGCAUGUGACCAAUGUGGACGCCAAACAUGAAUUCACCGAAUUUGUUGGAGCCACAAUGUUUGGGACCUACAACAUAAUCUCUCUGGUGGUGCUUCUUAAUAUGCUCAUUGCUAUGAUGAAUAAUUCCUAUCAACAUAUUGCUGACCAUGCUGAUAUUGAGUGGAAGUUUGCUAGAACUAAACUUUGGAUGAGCUACUUUGAGGAGGGUGGCACACUGCCUCCUCCCUUUAACAUCAUUCCAAGUCCAAAAUCAGCGUGGUACCUCAUCAGAUGGAUCAAGACCCACUUCUUCAAUAUUAAACACAGAAAGAGAACUGAGACAUUUGGAUCACUUGGGAUGCGAGCUGCUGAAAACGUCCGCACAAACCGCCAGUACCAGGAGGUACUUAGAAACCUGGUUAAGCGGUAUGUGGCAGCAAUGAUUAGGGAUGGCAAAAAAGAAGAGGGAUUAACUGAGGAGAACUUUAAGGAACUUAAACAGGACAUCUCAAGCUUCCGUUACGAGGUGAUGGGAAUGAUGAAGGGCAAUAAGAUUGGUGUGUCAAACUCAAAAGGGAACACAGGAGCUUCAAACCUAGUGUAUCCUGAUAACCCUCUGAAGUGCAAUUCAACUUCAGCUGGAAGUCAACUAAAAGGCAAGCUGAGACUGCAGAAUGUCGCCACCUCUGUGAUCCAGCAGGGUGGACCCAAAGCCAACGCCUGUAAGCCUGGCGGCUUAAGCGUCCUAGUGGAUGGUUUCAUCUCAAAAAAUACUGUUAGCAAUCAAAUGAACUGCAAAGGGCCAAACAACCCAGGAGAGAUUUACUCUGUGUCAGAAGAAGCUGGUGAAUCUGAGAGCGAAGAACAGGAUGAUGGCAAACAGGGAGAAAACGGGAACCAAAACAAUGAAUCAGAGAAGGACAGAGUGAAUAAGACUUUGCAAGAGGAUGAUAAAAUGUUAUAUAUGCGUUAUAUGUGUAAUGAAGAAAUGAAUGAGGAAAGGGAAUAUGAUGGAAGCAGAUUAUAACUGCAUUCACAGUCUCUGAAUGCUGCAAAACAAAGAGAAAGAUGUCGUUCUCCUGAACUCUGGCUCUAUCCCAGAAGCAGCUGUGGUGACGGUCCAGUGCAGGGCACUGCGUCUGUACGAUCCGAAAAUCAAGUGUUGUUCUAGAGUCUCAGGGAUGAAUGCCAAUUUUAGGAGAAUAUGGGGUCCAACGUAGAGGUCUGCAGAUGCGUACUUUUGCGCUGCGGGAUUAAAUUCCCGAAUAAAACGCAGUAGUGGUCGGUAACUCUGCUGUAAUUUGAACGGGAGCUGGCGGUCCAACAAUGUCCCGUUCCCGACGUCCAUUCAGAACA